AUGCGUCUUUCAGGAUUUUAUGGCACGAACUGCGAGAAGGUAUGCCCGGCAGGUUUUGAAGGUCGUGCUUGCAAGCAGCAUCGUGUUUAUCUUGAAAAUAAUCACUUGGAGGAGCUGUUUGAGAACUACAUUUGCAAGCUUCACAACUGCUCACUGAAAGCAAACGACAGCACCUGCGACUCGGAAUGUAAUUACUAUGCGUGCCAAUACGACGGCUUCGACUGCAGCGCCCGAAUCCAGCCAUUCCGACACUGCUCUCAUCCUGAUUUUUGUGCCCGAGUAUUUCGCGACAACAAGUGUGACCGGGUACGCAUCGACUGGUUUUAUUAG